AAUAUAAGAGUCUAUUUUAAUCGAUAAAACCAAAAGACGUGCCAAAGCCAGACACAAAAAAUUUACAUAAAUUUAAUUAAUUAAAAACAAAAAAACUUUUAGGUACGCAAAGUUCUAUUUUAGUCUUGAAAAACGACCUUAAACUCCCUACUUUUUCGUAUGAGUAUGUAAUGUAUGUCUUACUUAGUCUAGGUAGAUAUUGUUUUUUGUUUUUGUUCUGUAUUCUCAAAAGGUAAUCAAAAAAACAAAAAAUCCAAUUAAACAACAAAGCAUAGAAUAUGAAAAGCAAAACAAACAAACCCAAAAAAUAAAACACGUUUUAAUUAAUUAUAAUUUUCCCGAUUAGUAUUUCCACUCUGAUAGAUGCCUAUAUCAAAAAAAUCAUACAAAAUUACCUACACACUCAUUCAAUAUAAAUAAAUGGCAAACUCAAUUAAUCAUUUUGUUGUGUUUAUUUUUAUAAAAAAGCAAAACAAAACAAAAAUUUAACAACAACAAGAACAUUUUUUCUUAACCCAAUGUUUAGAAGCUCGCCGUACUCUUUAGCUGUCAGAAGCCAAAUAAAAGUCUAAGAUAAAGCUACACCACAUAAAUAAUCGAAUUGAAUGUUUGUUGAAAAUGUAAGCAGUGACAUCAUAAGAUACGUUCAAAUGAAUUCUGUCGAAAUAACGACCUAGAGGACGGAAGCCCCUACCUAAUCAACACAUCAUCAGUGCUUGUGCUACUUAUGCUAACCGAUUGGCUACAAAUAUAGUGAUGCCAGCAAAUAAAUGUGUAAUUAAGUGAAUCUAAUGUUUUAUUAAAUUAUAAUACAAAACCAAAAAAGCAUAAAAUAUUUAAAAUGUUUGCUAAAACAAAUUCAAUAAAUUCGAUAUGAGUUGAGUUAGAUAAAAGAAAUCAUUAAAGUUCCUCAACAGUGCGCGCAUCGAAUUGAGUUUAGUGAAAUUAUUGUGAACGACCACGCAAACAUAAUUACCUAAGAUUAUUUUUCGUUAAAAUUAAGUUAAGGUUUACCUAGGAGUUCUGUCAAGCGAUGGGCUUGAAUCAAAUUCUAGGAAUAAUAGUACUUAUAAUUGCCGCUAGUCUUCCUCUUCAUGAAUCAGUGACAGUGACAGUUCCUGCCAGCGCCAGCGUUUUUGAAGAACGCACCAAAAGCUCAAACACCGAAGUUAUACAGAUAUUCAACGCAAGUGAUUUCAGUAGUGAUCCGAGAGUUCUGCGUAGGAAUCUGACAUUUACCGUUCUUUUGACAGCCAAAGAAGCGGAAAAUCAAAAUGAUUGUAUUAUGCCAAAAGUUAUGCCCGCUUUGGAAUUGGCAAUUCGUGAUGUGCAACGUCUUGGAUUUCCGGGAGUGAAUUUCGAUGUGACAUUAAUUUCGCGGGAUACGUUUUGUUCGUCGACAUACGGUGCCAUAGGAUUCUUUGAGAUUUAUUCCCGCUGGCAUGAUAUCAAUGCGGUCUUUGGAUUAUCUUGCGAUUAUGUUUUGGCUCCAAUAUCUCGGUAUUCAGGUGUUUGGGAAAUUCCAGUUCUAUCAACCGCUGGCCGGUCGAGAUCAUUUGAUUUGAAAGAGGGUCAAUAUCCGACGUUGACACGUUUAAUGGGCGGUUUGACAGCUGCAGUGGGUAAUGAUACCAAGGGAAUGUUGGAAGUAUUUAAUUGGACGCGUGCUGCUUUGAUGUAUCAAAAUACGGAUACUCUUACGUCGGGUAAUUCGAUAUGUUUCUUUUGCAUGUCAACGUUGCACAGUAAAUUGGGAAAAAGUUCUGUGUAUCAAGUUGGAUUUGAUGAACGAGCAUUCCAUAAGGCUAACAUUACUAUGCAGUUGCAGAUUAUAGCACGGCAUUCAAGAAUUGUGAUAAUGUGUGCUGAUCCGAAGUCUAUUCGACAAAUAUUAUUAACGGCUGAUGAGCUGAACAUGAUCGACAGUGGAGAAUAUGUAUUCAUAAAUAUUGAGCUCUUUUCUAGAGUUCCACAUGUUCUGUCACAGCCAUGGUAUGAUGAAAAUGACACCGAUGAAAACAACGCAAGGGCACGAAAUGCUUAUACAGCUCUACUGACAGUUACACCAAAACAGCCCGACAAUGAGGACUAUAUAAGGGUGUCAAAUGAGAUCAAAAGCAUCGCUGCAGCUAAAUACAAUUACACAUUCCGUGACAACGAACCACUUUCAACAUUCGUGACGUCAUUUUACGAUGGAGUAUUACUUUAUGCACAUGCUCUAAACGAAAGCAUUCGAGAGGAUCCGAGCGUCCUGUUGCGUCCCAUUAAUGGUACGGAUAUGGUUCGUCGCAUGUGGAAUCGUAGUUUUCCUGGUAUAACUGGGAAUGUGACAAUCGAUUCGAAUGGUGACCGCAUUUCAGGAUAUUCACUGCUCGAUAUGAAUCCUGUGACGGGACGAUUUGAAAUAGUUGCUCAUUUUAUGUACAAUCGAUUGGAGUUUGUCGAGGGGAAGGUGAUUCAUUGGGCAGCCGACCGAUUGGAACCACCACCAGAUAAGCCGGAAUGUGGCUAUGAUGGUUCAUUGUGUCCUGAUAAUUCUCUUCCAGGAUACGCCAUUCUGUCCACGGUACUUGGUUUCCUGGUGCUUAUAAUGAUUGUUUUCUUUGUUUUGGGCUAUCGACAUUAUAAAUCCGAGGCUGAGAUUAACUCCAUGACAUGGCGGGUUUCCAUUGAUGAUGUCUUGUGGCACGAGUCGGGUGGCCGGUGUUUUCGUGGAUCAUUUCAUUCGUUGGUCAAGCAGAACAGCCAAAUGACACUCAUGUCCGAGGACAUGGGUUCCUUGUGUGGUGAUCGUCAGAUAUUUAUUCCAGUUGGAACUUACAAGGGCUGUCGAGUAGCCAUAAAGAGAAUUGAUGGAAUGACUGAGAAUCUAAGUCGUUCUUUGAUGUUGGAACUGAAAAGGAUGAAGGAUUUACAACACGACCAUUUGGUGAAGUUUUUCGGUGCUUGUUUGGAUCCAAGGAGAAGUUUCAUCUUGACCGAAUAUGCUCCGAAGGGUUCACUGCGAGAUAUUCUCGAAGACGACCAGCAAUACCAAUUAGACCUAAUGUUUAAAAUGUCCCUGAUGCAUGACAUCAUAAGAGGAAUGCAUUUUCUGCAUAGUUCCGAUAUAAAAUCCCAUGGAAAUCUAAAGUCAUCGAAUUGUGUGGUGGACUCGAGAUUUGUGUUGAAAAUCACAGAUUUUGGAUUGCAUUCAUUGAUGAGGAAACCAAUUGACAAUGAUGAGGAAAACUGUAACCAUUACGCUUAUUGGAGUAAUCUUUUAUGGACUGCUCCAGAAUUAUUGAGAUUAGAAAAAAGACCACCUGAAGGCACUCAAAAAGGAGAUGUUUACUCAUUUGGUAUUAUAGUACACGAGAUUACAACCAGACAAGGGCCUUUCUAUCUCGGGGAGAUGGCAGAUAAAUCACCUCAAGAAAUUAUCCAAUUGGUGAAAGCACAUCCCAGUGAAUUUUCAAAACCAUUUAGACCUCAUAUAUCGGACAACAAACAUGAAGACAUGAAUAAUCUUAUGGUUCGAUGCUGGCAGGAAGAUCCUUAUGAGCGACCAGACUUUGGUGCGCUUAAAUCAACUAUACGAAAAAUUAAUAAGGACAACGAAACAGGAAACAUAGUCGAUAACCUAUUGAAGCGUAUGGAACAAUAUGCUAAUAACUUGGAAGAGCUUGUAGACGAACGCACCAAAGAUUACCACGAAGAGAAGAAGAAAUGUGAAAAACUUCUCUAUCAACUUCUGCCACAAAGUGUUGCCGCUCAGUUGAUAAGCGGACAACCAGUUGUAGCAGAAACAUUCGACCAGGUUACCAUUUACUUUAGUGAUAUCGUUGGCUUUACGGCCAUAUCAGCUGAGAGCACACCUAUGCAAGUGGUCCAAUUUCUCAAUGAUCUCUAUACCUGCUUUGACUCGAUUGUCGAGAACUUCGAUGUCUACAAAGUGGAAACUAUCGGUGAUGCUUAUAUGGUAGUUUCGGGAUUGCCGCUGCGAAAUGGUAAUCAGCAUUCAAGAGAAAUAGCUCGUCUUGCACUGGCUCUGUUGGAUGAGGUGCAUAAAUUUCGAAUCCAUCAUCGGCCGGAUGAUAGACUACGACUUCGUAUUGGUCUUCAUACAGGAGCCUGCGUUGCAGGAGUGGUAGGCCUUAAAAUGCCACGCUAUUGUCUUUUUGGAGACACAGUGAACACAGCUUCCCGAAUGGAGUCGAAUGGGGAAGCCCUCAAAAUUCACAUAAGCCACACAACGAAAACCUGCCUCGAUGAAUUUGGCACGUUUAUAACACGAGAACGUGGAUUGGUUAAUAUGAAGGGCAAGGGUGAGAUGCUAACUUAUUGGCUCGAGGGUGAAGAACCAUCCGAUGAUAGCUGUUCAGAACUCGCCCCACAUAAGAAGCAAUUACUUAGCAGUAUUUCUAAUUUCCCUCCACCUUAUACAUCAUCAUCACCGGCAUCAUCCCUACGUAAACAUCGAAAAAUGUCCUCAUCCUCACCCAAGCUUAACGGCUGUGGAGCCAUAGACUCAAUGAAGACUGAUGAACAAAAUAGCUUAAUAGAUUUUACGCUCUUUGAUAGAGGAGGAGGCGUCAAUGGCAACUGUGAUGACAGACUAUAUCCCGACCACCAAAACGGUAAUACUAGUGACAUAGCCCUCUGGGACAUGUCCAAUCCAAAGGGAUUAAAACCGAAAAAUUCCCACAACAGAAACAGUAGCCCUCGGAAUGAGCUGUUUCACUCCUCCACGCUCUCUCCUUACUCGAAUUCCAAUAUGAUGGUGCGGCGAAACUCAACAAAAACCGCUGCGGAUAUUGCCAGGGCAGCAGAGCAAAGUAAUCGAUACAAUCAUCAUAACAGUAGUAGCAGAACCAGUAGUAGAUCUAAUUUAAAUUUAAUCAAAGCAAGUAACAGUAAUAAUAGUUUAAGCCAUAACAAUAUAGUCAAGGCGAACAAUGUGAGAAAUAUGAAACAUAUAUGUAAUCCCAAUGAGAUUGAAGGCAUCAAAAAUGGCAGUGGUGGGACGGGCGGAGUUACUCAGCCGCUUUUAACUAAGAUAAAUACAUGAGACGAUGGAUGUGUGAUGUGAUCUAGAGCUAAACUCAACUGUGCAUAUUUACGUAGUCUAUAAGUUUAAAAAUUAAAAAUUUGAAAGAUAGAAAUAAAGUUUUAAUUAUUAUUCAUAUAAAUUUAACUCUGUAUUUAGUUAGUUAAGAUAAGCACACAAUUUAAUACUGUGUAGUUAAAUGUUUGUUGAAAGUAAUUUUGUAAAUUAAAAUCAAGACUAUGUUCCUUUAACUAAAAUAAAAGCUAA